GUCAGCGACAGCUUUUUCUGAGUUCACUGCGGUCCAGCUGGCCCCCUACCCGCCGCCAUUAUGAACAUCCGCAACGCUCGGCCAGACGACCUGAUGAACGUGCAGCACUGCAACCUCCUUUGCCUUCCUGAGAACUACCAGAUGAAGUACUAUUUAUAUCACGGCCUUUCCUGGCCCCAGCUUUCUUACAUCGCUGAGGAUGAGGACGGGAAGAUUGUGGGCUAUGUCCUGGCCAAAAUGGAGGAGGACCCAGAGGAUGUCCCGCAUGGCCACAUCACCUCCCUGGCCGUGAAGCGUUCACACCGGCGCCUCGGCCUGGCCCAGAAGCUGAUGGACCAGGCCUCCGGGGCCAUGAUAGAGAACUUUAACGCCAACUACGUGUCUCUGCAUGUCAGGAAGAGUAACCGGGCAGCCUUGCACCUCUAUUCUAACACCCUCAACUUUCAGGUUAGUGAGGUGGAACCUAAAUACUAUGCAGAUGGGGAAGAUGCUUAUGCUAUGAAGCGGGAUCUCUCGCAGAUGGCAGGUGAGCUGAGACGACAAAUGGAGCUGAAGAAGGGCGAGUGUGUGGUCCUGGGCUCCAGGGAGAACCAGGAGACCCAGGGCUGCACCCUUUCUGGUUCUGAAGAGGCCUGUCAGCAAAAGAACCCAGCUACCGAAGAUAGUGGCAGUGACUGCAAAGAACCUAACGAGUCUGUGGAGAGCACCGAAGUCCAGGACAGCUCAGAAAACUCAGAUUCUACCUCCUAG